AUGGGGAAAUUCUGCAAAUGCAAUGGGAGGCUGCUCUGCAUGUGCCUGCUCCCUUUCAUGAUGACCGGUCACCUCCUUGUGUACAUCUUGGUUACCAUUUUUGUCACCAUAUCCUACACACCUCCCAAAACCCCUGUCCACUUCAUAGCACCUGGGAGCUCCUCUAGCUCUGCUAAAAUGGCCCCUCACCCACUCAACCCCUUCUGGAACCUGCGACAGAUUGAUACAGCCUUAUGGAACCACUUACAACACGGCUGUGAUCGCCUCUACAAUCCAUUACUUAGAGGCAACACAAGCAUAGCAACCCAACUAACCAAAACAAGGUUGGUUUGGUGCAUGUCCGAUUGUAUGCCCGAAGUUGGAUUGCACACUACGUCCAAUAAAGUCAAGAGCAUGUCUGACCAAAUGAGAGCUUUUGUGUCAUCCAUGCAUUGCAGAGAGUAUCCAUACAUUAUCAAUCAACCAGGUUUAUGUUCUAGCAAUGAAACUUUAGAUACACCUUUGCUUCUCAUGGCAAUCAAAUCACAGUCUGGCAACUUGGAAAACCGGCAAGCUAUUCGUGAAACAUGGGGUCGCAGCGGUCAUGUCAGCGGUGAGUAUAAUAUAAGAGGAGGGUUGGUCCGAACUGUUUUCUUACUCGGAAAGCAAGAGUAUAAACCCAACUCAAAGAUUCAUGAUCUUCUGGAGAAAGAAAGCAAGACGUAUGGAGAUAUCCUACAAUGGGAUUUCAAUGAUACAUUCUUCAACCUUACUCUGAAGGAUGUGCUUUUCUGGCGUUGGUUUCAACAGUACUGCCCGAAAGCAGUUUUUGUAUUCAAAGGUGAUGAUGAUGUCUUUGUACGAACUGACGCUCUUGUGGAUUACCUUAACAAACAAUGGGAGGAGCACAGUUUAUGGCAAGCCUACACCAAUGAAACAGACAAAGGACUGGACUUGUUCAUUGGAGAAGUCAUAAACAAUGCAAGACCAAAUCGGGACCCAUCUACGAAGUACUUUAUACCUGAAAGUUUCUACCAAGGGUCAUACCCAUCCUAUGCAGGUGGAGGUGGGGUGGUGUACUCUGGGUCGCUGGCAUUACGGUUAAAAGAGGUUUCUGACAAAGUGUCCCUCUUCCCCAUAGACGAUGUAUACCUCGGCAUGUGCUUGAGCAAACUUGGAGUAGUUCCAAGCCACCAUCCAGGUUUUUUGACUUUCGAUCUGCCCAAUACGCAAAGGGGCAACCCAUGUGCAUAUAAGUCAGUUUUGCUGGUGCACAGGAGAAACCCAAGAGAAAUGAUAGCUUUAUGGAACCAUCUACGGAACCUGCGCAUGCGAUGCUUUCGGUGAUUUGUGAGGCAAAUGGGACCGAGCAGAGGCAGCCACCUUCAUUUGAAAGUGGGGCGGACAUUAG